AGUCUUUGAACAAAUCGUCUUUUCAGUAACAACUUGCUUUCCCUUCAACAAACUAUACAUCAGCUUACAGGCAUCAAAGCCAACUCCUUUUGUCUUUUAUUUCUUCCAUUCCCAUGUCCAUUACCUCAACAUAAACUACUCUACUCAUCAUUUAUACACAAUCACUCCUUUUAUAGCUUACCCAAUUUUCUUUCAACCUCCAAAUCCAGCCUCCGAGAUGUCUACCGGAAUCUUUGCAUCACCAAUCGCUGGUUCUGGUUUUGUUGGCCUGAAAACCAAUGUUUCAAAGCUGGUUCCAACUAAUGGUUCUAUUUCAUGGAGCCGGAAAACUGUGUCCAACGGUUCAAGAACCCACUGCAUGAAGACAUGGAAUCCAAUCAACAACAAGAAGUUUGAGACGCUUUCUUACCUUCCACCUCUCUCAGAUGACUCGAUUGCAAAGGAAAUUGAUUACAUGAUGAAAAAAGGGUGGAUUCCUUGUCUUGAAUUUGAUGAGGUGGGGGCUGUCCACAGGGAGAAUAGCAGCAUUCCAGGGUACUAUGAUGGGAGGUAUUGGACUCUAUGGAAGCUGCCGAUGUUUGGGUGCAACGACUCUUCUCAAGUCCUGAAAGAAAUUCACGAGUGCAAAAAGGCAUACCCCAAUGCUUAUAUCCGUUGCCUGGCAUUUGACAACAAGCACCAAGCUCAGUGCAUGUCCUUUGUCAUUCACAAACCUAAUUGAAACCACCACCACCGACUGAUCAGCAGCUAGCUGCCUACUCGGAUUUCCCCAGUCUAUUCCUAUUCCUUUUUAUUUGUAGAAUAAUGCUAUAUGAUCUCUCUUUCUUCUGUCUUUUCGAUGGAUGACAAUACGACAGCCGGUGGAUGAUUAUAAGUGUGGUGGGUUGUUUUGUUUCGGCCACUUGUUUGCUUUUAUUAAAACAACUAUGAUUAUUAUAA